AAUACACACACAGUGUAUGUGUAUUGUACUACAUGUCUUUGUGUACAAAAAAAAACACACCGUCCAAGUUUCUUCUCCUUGGAUGAAAAAAAUCCACAAUAUAACCAAACAAUGGAUUGUGAUACAUCUCUAAAUAAAAAAUCUCCAAACCUCAGCUUCACCCGUCAAAAUUUACUCAGAUUCCGGCAAAGAGCAGCAAACUUCCAGCGAGUUUGUCACUUUCCGGCCUAGUAGUUUCAUCACUUUCCGACCAAAUUUGCCUGAGAAACAAGAGGGUGUGAAAAUGGGGCAGUUUUCGUCCAUGUUCGGUGAACUGAGAAGGGCAUUUUGCAUCGAGCAAGGGCACAACGAUUCUGGGAAUUGUGGUGGAAAAGAGGCUGCAGAGGCUAUGGUUAAGGAAGCGAAGAAGAACAACUUGAUAUUGCGGUCUUCGGGAACUGUCAGUGUUGAUGGAUCGAACAAUUUUGCAUCGGUUUUCUCCAAAAGAGGCCAGAAAGGAGUGAACCAAGAUUGCUUCGUUGUGUGGGAGGAAUUUGGAUGCCAAGAAGACAUGAUGUUCUGUGGGAUGUUUGAUGGGCACGGACAAUGGGGACAUUAUGUGUCGAAGACGGUUAGGGAAUCACUGCCAUUGUCUUUGUUGUGCACUUGGCAGGAGACUCUAGCUGAAACUUCACUCGACUCCGGUUUUGACAUGGAUUCCGAUAAAAAGCUUCACAGGUUUAAUAUAUGGAAGCAAUCCUACUUGAAGACUUGUGCUGCCGUUGAUCAGGAGCUAGAGAGCCAUGGUCAAAUUGAUUCAUUCUACAGUGGAACCACCGCGUUGACAAUUGUCAGACAGGGUGAACAUAUAUUCAUAGCAAAUGUGGGUGAUUCUCGUGCUGUAUUGGCUACCACUUCAGAUGAUGGCAGCUUGGUUCCAGUUCAGCUUACUGUUGAUUUCAAGCCCAAUCUACCCCAGGAGGCUGAACGGAUAAAUCAGUGCAAAGGGAGAGUGUUCAGUUUAAAUGACGAGCCUGGGGUGCACAGAAUCUGGCUACCGGAUGAGGAAUGGCCCGGACUGGCGAUGUCUAGAGCCUUUGGGGACUACUGCAUAAAGGAUUUUGGACUUAUUUCGGUCCCUGAAGUGAGUCAAAGACAUAUAACCAGCAGAGACCAGUUUGUUGUGUUGGCAACAGAUGGGGUAUGGGAUGUUAUCUCCAAUCAAGAAGCAGUGCAAAUUGUAUCUUCCGCACCAGAAAAAGCAAAGUCAGCUAAAUGUUUGGUUGAAUGCGCUGUCCAAGCAUGGAAACGCAAGAGGCAUGGUAUUGCAACAGACGAUGUUUCUGCCAUUUGUCUUUUCUUUCACAAUUCUCCUUCAUCUCAGCAAAUUCAUCCUAUUACUAGUCAAAAUAGUUGUGACAAAAAAGAGCAAGGGUUCUAGGUGGGAUGGGGAGUCUUCGGUUGCUUUCACAGAGGAUCAAACCGAGGGGUGUAGCUGCAAUUCGGCUCUUCCUGCUUUGAGCAUCCGAGUGGAAGCUAUGGCCGUGCAGAAGAACUCGAAACGUGCUCAUGCCUACGAAGACUGCAUGGAGCUUUAUAAGGGGCUUAGGGAUCUCAAUGAGGCUGAUAAGGAUACUGAAGCUUUUUACUCUGAUAUAUUAAUUAGAUUCUCUUCUUUUCUUGUUGCUGCUUUUGCAAAGCUUCACAACAUUGAGUCAUUGUGGUAACAUGAAGCAGCUGUGAUGAGUAUGAAUAGAGAGGCCAUUAAUCUUUUGUGAUCCAACAUUCAUUAACAUAUUCUGAUGUCUUUUUCAAA